AUGGGGCAGGACCAGACCAAGCAGCAGAUCGAGAAGGGGCUGCAGCUGUACCAGUCGAACCAGACGGAGAAGGCGCUGCAGGUGUGGGUGCGGGUGCUGGAGAAGAGCUCGGACCUCGUGGGGCGCUUCCGGGUGCUGGGCUGCCUGGUCACGGCGCACUCGGAGAUGGGCCGAUACAAGGAGAUGCUGAAGUUUGCCGUGGUGCAGAUCGACACGGCGAGGGCGCUGGAGGACGCCGACUUCCUCCUGGAGAGUUACUUGAACCUGGCGCGCAGCAACGAGAAGCUGUGUGAGUUCCACAAGACCAUCUCCUACUGCAAGACGUGCCUCGGCCUGCCGGGCACCAGGGCGGGCGCCCAGCUCGGCGGCCAGGUCAGCCUGAGCAUGGGCAACGCCUUCCUGGGCCUCAGCCUCUUCCAGAAGGCCCUGGAGAGCUUCGAGAAGGCCUUGCGCUAUGCACACAACAACGACGACGCCAUGCUCGAGUGCCGGGUCUGCUGCAGCCUGGGCAGCUUCUACGCCCAGGUCAAGGACUACGAGAAAGCCCUGUUCUUCCCCUGCAAGGCUGCUGAGCUGGUCAACGACUAUGGCAAAGGCUGGAGCCUCAAGUACCGCGCCAUGAGCCAGUACCACAUGGCCGUGGCCUACCGCCUGCUCGGCCACCUGGGCAGUGCCAUGGAGUGUUGUGAGGAGUCUAUGAAGAUCGCUCUGCAGCAUGGAGACCGGCCCCUGCAGGCCCUCUGCCUGCUCUGCUUCGCCGACAUCCACCGGAGCCGCGGGGACCUGGAGACAGCCUUUCCCAGGUACGACUCUGCCCUGAGCAUCCUGACCGAAAUCGGGAACCGCCUGGGCCAGGUGCAGGUGCUGCUGGGUGUGGCCAAAUGCUGGGUGGCCAGGAAGGCACUAGACAAGGCUCUGGAUACCAUCGAGAGAGCCCAGGAGCUGGCCGAAGAGGUGGGCAACAAGCUGAGCCAGCUCAAGCUGCACUGCCUGAGCGAGCACAUCUACCGGAGCCAGGGGCUGCAGCGGGAGCUGCGCGCCCAGGUCGUGCGCUUCCACGAGUGCGUGGAGGAGACAGAGCUGUACUGCGGGCUGUGCGGGGAGUCCAUCGGGGAGCGCAACAGCCGCCUGCAGGCCCUGCCCUGCUCCCACAUCUUCCACCUCCGGUGUCUACAGAACAACGGGACACGGAGUUGCCCCAACUGUCGCCGCUCGUCCAUGAAGCCCGGCUUCGUGUGAGGUCACCAGCGUCCGCCCUCUGCCCACCCCACCGCCCAGGCCCCCUGAUGCUCCCCGCGCUUGAUCCCGCCCGCCAUCACCCUCCCCUGCCUCUUUGUACUUGGCUGUUUAUAGAAAAAUAAACCAUCUGUCCCCGGUGCUGA